AUGGCGCUGCAGCACCCUUCGGCGGGUCCAGCGCCGACGCUAGAUGUGUUGUUGAUGGCGCAUAGGAUGGCGGCUGCAAGGGGGGAGCAACUGGACGUGGAGGCGUACAUGACGGAUGAGAUGAGGAGGGAGUGGUUCGAAAGGAGAGAGCCGUUCAUGCCUGCUGAAGAUGCGGAUGGGAGCGGGUCCAGGAAGAAGCGAAGGAUAUCAAUGGAUGGCGAUGGGACGUUACACACCGCCUCAUCUCCAUCAACCCCAUAUCAGCCUGAUAUCACCGACCCCGCCUACUCCCCAUCACAUCCCUCGUCCAAGCGGCAUCGCACGUCUCUCGUCGAACAACACUGGACACAACGUCGGCGGACAUACCUCCCCGGUGAUGGAUCCGCCGGUGCUCACGGAUCCAAUUCCGGCAAUGUUGAGGAGCAGGAUGAUAUAAUAUCUGUACCUGGCGGAAUGGUCGUUCCAACGCCGUUGUUGAGCAAUGUGGGAAUAGGAACGGGGAAUUGGAGGCGGAAACCAGAGGUUGAGGCGGACAAGGAGGAGGUUCAGGCUAGCGCGUCUUACUGGAACACCCUCCUUAUACGCGCUCGGAGAGACCGUGGACCACAAUGGGACUACUCUACCCAAUCAUACCAGGUCGACCGUCAUUCCCGGGCAUACUAUACGCACAUGGAUAAGCCUCUCAACGAGGACUUGCCACCACCAGAGGAGGUCGUGGCAGGGACGGGAAUGGGGGGAGCGCCGACCUUUGCCAACCUCACGCGAACGGCUUCUAGCUCGGGUGAGAGCCGAUCAGGCGGAAUGGCGAUCCCUACUUUACCGUUUACGGGACUUGGGGCGGGCGGACCUUCUGCGGGCGCAAGGCCGGGCUCCCCGCGAUCACGGACGCAGUCCAUCUCGCAGCCUAGGCCAGGAUCGUCGGGGGCGCUCCUCCCUGGAGAUCUGCCGCCACGGAGCGAAUCGCUCUUUCCCAGCCUGGGGUCGACAUUUCCGCCGGGCACGGCGCCGAGUCCUGCUCAACUGCAGCAGCUGCAUGCGCAACAGCAACAGGCGCUCUUGGCGCAGCAGCAGGCUCAGCAGGCCCAGCAGCGUCAAGUGAUCCAGCAGCAGCAGCAGCAGCAGGGCCAGAUGUCGCAGCCAUCGGGGUCUCAGCCAUACCAGCAACUGUACCAGCAACAACAGGCUCAAUUGCAACAGCGCCUCCCACCGCACUUGCAGCACAUGCAAUCGUCGCUGCAUCCGCAGUACGGCUCGCCCACGUCGUCUGCUAGCGGUACUUUGCCCAAUAUCAGCCCGAAUCCGGGCGGCAACUCGGGCCAACUGGCACGCACCAUCUCCCCUUCAUCCCUAUACCCCUCGCCCGGUCCAAACCCGCAUGCUCCACUCCGGCGCACACCGUCCCUCUCCGAGCCCUCCCCUCUCCCCAACGGUACCGGCACUGGCACCAGUAACGGCAACGGCGGUAUCCCCAACCCAUCGUACACUGGUCAAUCCCCACAAUCCCAACCCCCACCGGGCUUCCCACCGACCUAUUAUCCCCCACCCACCAAUACCUCUUCCCUGCAGCUCCAACCAUCCCAACGCGCCACGUCGUACGGACCUCUGCCUAAAGGUCCGCAGGGCGCGACGCCACAACAACAGGCGUGGGCGGCACAGGCGAAAACGAUGGGGCUGGGUUAUGACCAGUUUCAGGAAAUGAUGCUGCAGCAUCAGGCGAACCAGGCGAAUGGUGGCGGCGCGGGCACGGUGAAUCCGCAUAGUCUCGGCAGGCCAAAGGGGAACGGGAUGUUGGGCGGGAUGAAUGGGAGUGUGAAUCUCGCGCAGAUCACGGGUGGGAAUGUGAAUGGGAUGAAGGGCGGCGCAGGCGGUGGGGGGCCGAUGUUGGGUGGAGGUGGGGUGGAUUGA